UCCGGCCGUGGUGGUGGUGGUGAUGGUGGUGGUGCACGGCCAGCGAUCCCAGCCCCUCCCUCCCACAGCCUGAGCCGCUGACCGCGUCUCCCACAGUCAGCCAUGGGGAAUGCGGAGAAGGUGCUGGAAGGGGCGGCGGGGGUCGUCCCCGUCUCCCUGCACAAGAUCGUGUGGAGGAACGUGGUGCUGAUGUGUCUGCUGCACCUGGGCGCCCUGUACUCGCUCAUCCUCAUCCCGCAAGCUCAUCCGCUGACCUGCCUCUGGGCUUACGUAUGUUUUCUGUUAACUGCUCUCGGAGUGACGGCUGGUGCACACCGUUUGUGGAGCCAUCGGUCUUACAAGGCAAAGCUACCAUUACGGGUGUUCCUGGCUGCUGCCAACUCCAUGGCUUUUCAGAAUGACAUCUACGAGUGGUCUCGGGAUCACCGGGUGCAUCACAAAUACUCUGAGUCGAAUGCUGACCCUCACAACGCCACCCGAGGGUUCUUCUUUUCCCAUAUCGGUUGGUUGUUUAUUCGUAAACACCCGGAUGUGAUGGAAAAAGGAAAGAAGCUGGAUGUCAGUGAUCUCCUUACUGACCCCGUUGUUCUGUUCCAGAGAAAGUAUUACAUGACCUCGGUUUUAAUCAUGUGUUUCUUAAUGCCAACUUUUAUCCCCUGGUACUGCUGGGGCGAGGGUCUCUGGAAUUCCUACUUCCUGGCUUCCAUCCUUCGGUACACCGUUUCACUGAAUGUCACAUGGCUGGUGAACAGUGCUGCUCACAUGUAUGGAAACAGACCCUACGACAAGUACAUCAAUCCAAGAGAAAACAGAUUUGUUACUUUUGGAGCACUCGGAGAAGGAUUCCACAACUAUCACCAUACGUUUCCAUUCGACUACUCAACAAGUGAAUUUGGGUUGCGGCUGAACCCAACAACGUGCUUUAUCGAUUUCAUGUGUUGGCUUGGUUUGGCAAGUGAUCGAAAACAAGCCUCAAAGCAAAUGAUUGAAGCACGCAAAUUGAGGACUGGGGAUGAAAGUGCUUGAAAAGAAACAAGUCUCAAAAUUCCAAGCAGAGUGUCCGUAUGUUUAAAUUUGUUGUUAUUUUGACUUGGAAAUGUAGUCAUUGCAUUUCAAGCUUGUGAAAAAUGAUAGUGCAUUUUGCUUUAUGGCCUGUUCAAUUUUUUCUCAAUUUAACUCCUUCCAGUCCGAGUAUGUCAACUAUAUUCUAUCGACAGCAUAAAGCCCUGCUUAGUCUGCCAUCAGAGGUCUUGUGUAUUAAGUGGCAGAAAUAUCCUAUACAUUGUCUAAUCAAUAAACUGUAUAUCAAUCUAGUUUGCAUCAGUAAACUAUCAGUAUAAUGAAUUCAUGAAGCAGGCUUGUGAAAUGUUUCCUACUCUAGCAAGCUAAAGCAAUGCUCUUGCAAUAAAAUCAACUUUAAUGUUUUGUGCUUGAAGUGAUUUAAGCUUACAAGAUUUUGUUUUAAUGUUCGUGCUGAUGAUGUUGAUAUUUUGUAUUUUAGUUUAUUUGAAACUGUAAACUUUGUAAUAGGAAGUAGUUAUUGAGAAGAAAAAGAGUGGUCUUGGUAUUAUGAUGUCCUAGUGUAAGUGAUUGUAAACAAUUUUUGUCUAAUUUGAAACGAGUUUAUUUAAUUCUGGUAUGGUGAUGAAUUGGAAAACUGUCCUUUUUAGAUAUCUGUGUGAUGAGGAGAUUUUAGAGGUACAAAUAGGAAUCUUUUUCUAAGGUUCAUCAGAUGUGGCACAUAUUGUGUUUUGGGAAGAUUAUAUUAAAAGCUUUUAAUCUUUUUUGAAACCAAACCAUGCAACAACUAUAUGGUUUGCAUUUUAAUUUGAGGAUAUUAACUUUGUGCUUGGGGUUUCCCAUGUGGAGUUGGAUCUCUUGCAUGUAGAGACAUACGAAUUGGGCAGGAAAAUACUUUGCUCAGUGGUAAGGAAUUAACACAGAAGUGACAAACUACAGGAUAUAUGAGAAACAUUCCAAAAAACUUGAGUUCAUGUUUCUAGAACUUUUCUGACUUAAAAAAUUAAACCUUUUGGCUCCACUAUCAUUUGUUGCUUAUAUAUUAAAUUUUAGAAAUUUGAAAAUCAAAAUAAUUACAAUUCCAAGACAAGGCCUGUCUGGGUGUACUUGAUGUUGCUUUCUGAAAACUCCCAGAAAAAAUUAAGAGACACUAGCAUACAAAAAUGGCAUUUAAUCAGUGCAAAUAAGAACUAACUUCUGAAACUACUAUUUAAAAACUAUUGAAAGGAAAUUGCAAUGGUUUUGUUACCAGUGAGAUAGCUGCUUUUCAGGGGUAUGUAUGUGUGUGCGCACACGUGUGUACAUGCAUGAGAGAGACAUGGAGAUUGAGAAAAAGAAGAGAUACAAGGAUAGUUAUAUGGAGUAAGACAUGUCACACUUUAUAACAACUUGGCAAAUAUUAAUUAAUUGAAUAUAAAAAUGAGAAUAACAAAAUCUCUGAUGGGUGCAAUGCAAUCAAUGAGAUUGGGUUCAUCCAAUAGAUGUUUUUGCGUAAUCCAUUUGUCCACUAGAUUGUGAACUACUCAAGGAUAAUCAGCUGUUCCUUGUUCAUGAGUCAAAUUGUCUCUUUAAUAGGUUGUGAAGUAUCCACUAUUUCUAUUUUAUUCAUGAUAAAACAGCAUAUUACACCAAAUAUGUUUUCUUGCAUCCAAAUAAACCAAAGUCUGACCUUGCCAUUAUGUAUCAAUUUGAGUUUAGUAAAUUAAGAACCAAUACUAAUGAAAUACAUUUUAACAGCUUAUAAUUAGUAUGCCAAGUAAAUGUGACUUUAAAAUUACCUUUAAAGGCAAUACUGUGUGAAGACAGAUUAACCAGUUGUGUGUGUCAGCACUAGUAAACGCGAAAAUAAAGUUGCGUAGAAAGGAACUGCAGAUGCUGGUUUAUACUGAAGAGAGACACAAGUUGCUGGAGUAACUGGAUCAGGCAGCAUCUCUGUAGAAAAAGGAUGGGUGAGGUUUUGGGUCAGGACCAUUUCCUCAGACUGAAUGUAGAGAGAAGGGAAUUGAAGGUAAGACAAGGCCUGAACAAAGCAGGACCAGCAACAGAUGACCAAGGGUGGAGCCCAACCCCCUGCAUUCCCUUUCUUCUCUCCCCCCCCCCCCCCCAUCAGUCAUCCUACUAAUUCCACUGUUCGCAUCCUUGUAUUCCUUCGUUAUCACCUCUUCCCCAGCCAGCAAUGGGCCAUAUGGGCUCCACCCUUCCUUGGUCAUCUGUUGCAGACAUUGCUUUGUUCAGGCCUUUUCUUACCUCCAGUUCCCUCCUCUCUACUUUCAGUCCGAAGAAGGGUCCUGACCCGAAACAUCACCCAUUCUUUUUCUCCAGAGAUGAUGCCUGAUCCGCUGAUUUACUCCAGCAUUUUGUGUCAUUCUCCAAAAUAAAGUUGCCUGCCUCUUACUGAGGGAUUAAAUAUCUUUCCAUGAGAAUAGGGGCAUGUGUGUGCUGGACAUUAAAUGGAAGCCUUGUUUUUCCUUGUAUGUUUGAGGUGACCUGUGAACCUAGUACAUGGGAAAGCAAGAAGAAAAUAAAUUGAAACAAUACUACACCAUUUAUCGUAGUGGAUUAGUAUGUGCAUCCUGCAAACAAUACAACACAGAUAUAAAUGAUAGUUUACAGGCCUAACCAAAAAUGAAGGCUCCAGUUGAACUUGGUGCCUAUCCAAUACCUAGGAGGAAAUUGGCACAUGGUUCCCACUCAGAAUUGCCAAUCCGCAAACCCUGUUAAAGGACAAGUAAGUGGGAAUGUUGAUGGUCUAAUGAUCAAAUAACCCACAGGAGUUCACUAACAAGGUGACAACAAAUGAAUAUUUCUGGCAGCAAAUUCUGAAAAUUCCUUUAAUGACUUUUUCAUUCGGGUGCCCUGUGUACAUUUUAGCUUUGGGACACAGUUCCCUUUAGCACAGAGUCUACCAUUUUCCAAUCUUCUGAUUACAGGUAUUGUUCUGGAGGAUGGAAAACUGAUAAUAUAAUGGCAAUGUUUGUAAAGAGAAAAGGAUAGACCUAGCAGAUGCAGUCAAUCAUUGUCAAAGUAUUGGAAAAUGUCAAUACGUCACCAUAAGUUAGCGAAGGGCAGGUGGCAUGGAUAGAUUAAGGUGUGGCUGAGUCAUUGAAUUGUAACUUUUGAAGAUGUGACCAGGAGGGUCAAUGAAGGCCCAAGAAUCGAUGCAGUCUACACAGACUUUUAGAAAGCCCAUUGCCAAAUUCCUGUUUUGGUAAAUUAAUGAGGAUGCAAUAGCAUAUGCUGAACACAGAAAAGUGGCAAAUUAAAUGUUAAGAUUUCUCACUGGGAGAAAACUAGUUUUAGUGAGGAAAACAGAUUUCAGAGGGUUUCUGUAAAGCUCAGAAUAAGGCUCUUAUUGAGGGAUAAAACAUCAAUAAUUGCAUAUUGUGAUAGCUCAUAUAGAAGCUAGCAUGAACAUAUUGCCAACUUUGGCAUCAUUUGCAAUGUGAGGAAGAGAGCUCCAGACUAUAGUUGAUUAAUUAAGAAGGCAUACAACGCUUAUUGUUACCAGCCGAGUUAUGGAAAAUGAAAACAGAAGUUACACCAGCAUUGUAUACAACAGUAAAAUAUUGUACGUAGCUAUACACCUGACUACAGAAAAGAUCUAAAGGCACCCAGAGAAAGUGUGCUAGAGAUUUGAGGAAGUUGCCAGAGCUGACGAAUUAUAGUUGGGAGAAAAGACAGAGUAUUUGUGGAACAUACGGGAUUGAGGAAAGAUCAAAUUGAGGGGCACAAGUUAUGAGACACCUAGACGAGGGUGUAUAGGAAGGACCUAUUUCAUUUGGUUGUGGUCAACAAGAGAAUAUAGAUUUAAGUGGUUAAAGAAUUGGAGGGCAGUGCAUUCACCCAAAGAAAAUGGGGGUCUGGAAAUCAUUGCCCACGAGGUUGUGGAACCAGGAACCACGACGAUAGUUUAAAGGUACCUGGAAGUGCACUUGUAGAGCUAUGACCUAAUAGGGAAUGGACGUGCUAGCCAGUAUAAAUGGCAGUCACUUUUGUUGUAAUUUUACCUUUAACCUGACAUGUUUGUCACGUUUUCUGUCUGUUCACUAUUGCGGGCCAUCCUUAGAAUGUGGGAUAUAACUUCUGCUGGUGGUAUGAGUGAUAAUGAAUUGUAGAAAGUUUUUUAAAUGCAAUUUUCAAAUGUAUUUCUUUAAAACUUUGGCAACUAAUGCUGAAUUGUACAGUAUAUUCUGAGAAAGGUUGAUGCUGUAUCAUUAUUUUGAGUAUUUUAUGAACUGUGAAUAUUUGAACAUUGUGGUAUCUGGUUCUAUUUUGUUUAUGAUUAGUUACUGGCCUCAUGAGUAAUGUGCCACAUUCAUUUUGGAAAAGAAUCCCAAGCAGACUUAAUCCUGGGACUUCUAUCCAACUGUUUGCAGCAGCCUAUAAAUAAUUGUGCAUUGUGCACAAUUAAUUCUGUAAGGAGAUGCAAUUCAAUUUUAAACUUGUGUACUCCUAAUAUUAGAUCUCGGCAAAAGCUAGAGCUUCUUGGUGUAUUCAGCAUUUCAAUCCACCUGCUCCUAAGCAACAUUUGCCAAAAUAACAGGGAUGGCAAAGAUGAAUGAAAAUAAAUGUCUCCUUAGUAAAAUGGGGAUCUGACUCUAAAGCACUAUUGUGCAUGGUCCUUUGGAAUAACCAUACACCAAUAUCAUUAGAUAUAGGUGACAGAUUUGAAUGAUUUUUAGUUGGGAUCUAGAGCUGUUUCAAUACCAGUCUUGUGUAAUUUCUGAUUCAAGUAGGUGGAAAAUUAAAGGAAUCUGCAAGGACUGGGUUAACCCAUUUUGUAAAAUAAUGCCAAGCCGAGUUUAAAAUUGAAAUAGUGCCCAGCUAGUGUUUAUACCAUGUUUCUGAAUUAUCUCCCCAAAGUAACGUUGAACUGUUGAGUAUCUUGCCUGAACCAAAUACUAAGGCAUUAUCUCAUUUGGGGAAAGCCUGAGAAAACACCUCAUAAAAUCUGAAGCAGCUACUUGCAUAACCAGAAAACCAGAUCUAAAUUUUGUGUAUUGUCGACAUCAUCGCUGCAAUAGGCUCACAAUUCUCCCCCUCACUUGUGGGGAGAAUAGUAAACGUUUGAGGUCAAUGUUAAUGGAAGUUUUGAAUUUGGCCUCUGAAUACAAAAAUGUAAAGAGGGUAAAAUGGCCAGAAGUUAAACUGAUCAGAAUUGUUAACCCAUUUAUUGAAGCAAAUGUUGUUUGCAUUUUAUGGAGUUCAUUGCUUUCUCAUUAAAUUAAUUGUAGAGUUGAAACAAUUAAAAAUAAAAUGCUGCUAAGUUUGCCUUGC